AUGGACUCGCCUUUUCCUCCCUCAUCCUCCUCUCCUGGCGAUGGCCGCAUCGUCGUUGGCCUGCUCCCUGCGGGCGAAAGCGGUCUUGAGACCAUGACCUAUCAAUAUCCUUUGAAAUUAAUAUCCCCAGCUCCUUCGUCGAACCAGCCAAGCACUCUGGUCUUUCUGUUAUCUUAUGGAGGGGGCCUUGUUGCUGGAGACGGUGUUAAUCUGUCAAUAUACGUCAAGCCGCAGGCGAAGCUCAGCAUCGCUACCCAAGGUCACACAAAGAUUUUCAAAUCGCCUACAGCCGACGUCAUUACAACUCAAAACUUGGACGUUACUAUAGACGAUGAUGCUUCUAUGUGUCUCCUUCCGGACCCUGUCCAACCAUUCGAGGAUAGUGUAUACGCUCAGAAGCAGAUAUUCAAGCUCGGAAGCCAAGCCUCGCUCUGUCUCUUGGAUUGGGUGACCCAAGGACGUGUAGCUCGUGGAGAGAACUGGAGUUUCAGGAAGUGGACAGGUCGCAACGAGAUAUGGCUUCAAGAUCCUGAAACAACUUCGGCUGAUAGACUCCUGGUACGAGACUCAGUCAUCCUGUCGAGAGAGGCGAGUGAGUCUGUGGGCCGCACACUCCCAGAAAUGAUGCAGCAUAUGGCAAUAUCAGGAACUCUCAUAUUGCGCGGAUCCAAGACAAAAUCAUUGGGGGAAUUCUUUCAGGAUGAGUUUGCUGCACUUCCCCGCAUUGGAGCCAGGGAUUUCCGAUCACCAGAAGCCAUGGCGCGAAGCAUCACAGAUGUUUCUGACUUCGAGCGUUGGCGACUACAGAGACUCAAGGGGGAGAAAGAAGGUGGUGUCCUCUGGUCUGCAGCCAACGUUCGAGGGUGUGUGGUUGUAAAGUUUGGGGCAAAAACGGUUGAGGCCGGAAGAGAAUGGAUUGGAUCAAUGAUUAUUCAGGAAGGGAGCAUUGCCUCUGAAUUCGGUGACAAAGCACUGAUGUGUCUUCGAUGA